GGAGCCUUAGAUACAGCUGCCGGCGCUCACACCGCCAGGAAACUUGGGGUGAUCCAAAAAAUUCUUCAUCCACUAUUUCAAUUUCGUAUGACGCAACCGGAUCGUUACGAUAUCGCGUUACUAAAGCUGUCCCGGCCUAUCACGUACACGGGGCAUAUCCUGCCCAUCUGUCUGCCAGAGCUGGAUCUAGAGUUACGCGGCAAGUCCGGUGUGAUUGCCGGCUGGGGAAAGACUGAUGCCAGUAAUGGUCAUACCGGAACAAACUUACUUCGGUCCGCCACCGUUCCUAUUCUUAGCAAAGAUCAGUGUAUCAACUGGCACCAAAGCAAACAGAUCUCCGUAGAGAUUCACUCGGAGAUGAUAUGCGCCGGACAUUCGGACGGACAUCAGGACGCGUGCUUAGGUGAUUCCGGAGGACCGCUUAUAGUUUUAGACGGGGGUCGUUACUACCUUGUUGGAAUUACAUCAGCGGGCUUUGGAUGCGGCGUCGACCAUCAGCCUGGCAUCUACCACAAUGUCAAGGUCACUGCGGGUUGGAUCAAAGGCGUUAUA